AUGUCCUUUGUACGCCAACUGAGUCUUAAAAAUGGUUAUUGUUCGAGAUGCUGUCGGUUAUAUAGUUCAAGAGCGAAAGUUGGUGAGAAAUUUAGAUCGAAGAAGGAAGUGAUGGAAUAUUUAGGACAGCAGACAUGGUCAGUGGAUGAGUACCUUGCUGAUUCGACCAGCGAGGAAUUGCCAAAUGAGGCCGAUGUUAGAAAGUUGCUUAAAUUAUCCGGACUGCCCGUUGACGGGAAUGAUUUGGAGAGAAUUCGAGUACGACUUGGGAAGCAGUUGUCUUUCAUUGAUAAAUUGCAUAGAAUUCCCAUCGAGGAUGAGAAAACCAUUGAUGAGUGUCAGGCCCGUCUAAUGCCUAGAAAUGAAGUUCCAAUCAGUUAUGACAGUUUACUGCAGAAGAUAGCAACACAGAAGAAGGAUCCCGAGUUAGGUGAAGUUGAAGGUUGUUGGGAUUCCACCAGUCUAGCCCAGAUGAAGGAAAACAAAUACUUUGUUGUACGAGGAGGUUUAAUGCAGAAUAGAGACUAA